AGAUUAUUGGUUUGGAACCAUACUUUUCCAGAGGCAUUCAGACAUUUAGUGGCAGGAUAGUUGAUAGCGAGGAUGUACCAUCUGGAAAUAGGGAUUAUCACACUUAUUAUUUUUCUGACUGUUGCUGAUGGCGCGUAUUCUGCUGCUAUGGAAACGGAAAUCCGGAACCAGACAGUGUACAGUUCCGGCUAUGACCCAAUAUCUCGCCCGGCGGAAGUGACGCACGUGAAAAUAGGGCUUAACGUGCUGGCUAUUGAUGAAUUGGACAUAAAAGGCCAAAAGUUAUCUGUAGCGGGCUGGCUUACACUGGAGUGGCAAGAUGACCGAUUGCAAUGGAACAAGACGGAAAAGAACGACAUUGAGUAUAUGUUUACAAAACCAAACGACAUCUGGAAACCCGAGCUCAUUGUUGACAACUCAUUAGCAAAUAUAGGGGUGAUAUCAGCGCCGGAUCUCAACUUGAGGGUGAAAUUCUCGGGACUGGUGGAGUGGGAACCGCCGCGCCUCCUCCAAACACAUUGUGAGGUCGACAUCACGUAUUAUCCGUACGAUGAGCAGAAAUGCGCCAUCGAGAUUGUGAGUUGGGGGUUCCGGAUAGAUGAACUGAGUCUGGACCAUCUCUUCGAGGAAGUGAACCUCGAGGACUUUGUGUGUGUACCUGGGCGUUUCAUGGUGAUGGCAGCAUUCGGUGUGUUUCUCACCGUAUUAAUUUUGCUAAUUCAUCAUCGUCCGGGGAAUCCAGGUUCUUCGUGCUUGCUCGUCAAGAUAACCAGGAUUUGUGCGAGGGUUCUGUGUAUGGAAUUCCCGAGAGGAGACGAACAGGAGGACGCCCAAAGCAACAUGGUUUCGCCUUUAAAGGACACCAAAGAAGCGAACGGUGGAAGCCGAGUCAACAUUACCCAGACUCGUGAAACAAGUCAAAUAAGCAGCAUUGAUGUCGAAGUGACUUGGGUGCGAAUGGCGGAAAUUCUGGAUAGGACUAUAUUCAUUCUUUUCCUGACGCUUACCCUUCUCAUCAACAUUAUCUUCGUGGCGGUGCUCGCCUACUCCAGCGGGUAA